CGCAGAGCAGCUGGGUCAGAAGCAAUAUGUAGCUAACAUGCUGGGGGUAGGGCUAAGCCAGGCUUCUAUCUUCUCUAGCCUGUCACUUGUCUUGCAGCAGCAAAUUGAGUUCAUGGCCCUCCAGGCCAACCCAGAGAAAAGAGAGCUCCCUCAGGAGAUGCCAACUGUCCAGACAGACUCUGAAUCCUCACUUGCCAGGUUCUUCCACCAAAUUGCUCCGCUGAGGCUCUUCGGUUCCCUGGUCCGGCUUCUCCACAAGAUUUCAGCCUGGAGUGGCUCCUCUGUCCCUGUGGAGAACAUUGGCAGCCAGGACUAUCACGCCUCUUCCCCUGACAGGCCUGUGCGACGCGCCAAGAAGCGUCUCGGCAGACUGGCACACCUUCUGUUCUCCAUCAUCCCCUCCAGGUUCCAGCGUGCCCUAGGCUACCUGCCGGCAGACGGCAUGGGUCAGAGCGGGAUCCCUGAGGAGAUCCAGAAAAGUCCAGUCAAGCCCUCAGGCAAAGGGAGCAAAAGGAAACAGGAUGACGUGGCUCUGGAGGAGCAUCAGUCCUGGGUGGAGAUCUUGCAGCAAGAGCUGCCAGAGGACGAUGAGGCUGAAGACUCUACCUAUGAGCAGACUCAAUCAGAGACAGACAGCGAGGAAUACAGGUCCCAGAAUGACACAGAGACCGAUCUGGAGUUUGAAGAGAAAGAUGGGGUCCUGGUGCUGAAGGCAUCGCUGAGUCUGCAGCUGUGGGAGAGCAUAAUGAUGGCACUGGACCAAAGCAUGGAUCCUCCUAAUGACCACUUCACCAAAGUAAACCAAGCAAGAUGUGGGUUUAUGGAGCCAGCAGCAGCUGAAGGGACUCUGGAUGGAGAGAACAUGCUGGCUGCAGCAAGCAGCAAUACGCAGGAGCAGCAGGCUACAGCAAGUGAUGCUGUGGGGGACAUGCAGGAGCAGCAGGCUGCAGCGAGCGGCAGUGGUGGGGAUGCCCUGGAGCAGCAGGCUGCAGCGAGCGGCAGUGGUGGGGAUGCCCUGGAGCAGCAGGCUGCAGCGAGCGGCAGUGGUGGGGAUGCCCUGGAGUAGCAGGCUGCAGUGAGUGGCAGUGACUGGGUUGAAGUGAUUGGAUAAGUGGGGCCCCUUGACUCCUGGACCAAGUUUCUAUUUUUCCAUAGUGGCUGCUGUGGCUUUGAAAUGCAUGGUUCUCACUGAGCCAACUUUGCCCUGUAAAUGUGGAUUAAACAGUCUUAUAAAAUGCAAUGUUAAUAUUUUGGAACCUGUGAUAAUAAACCUUUUUUCCAUGUGA